AUGAAUCCUGCAUUGUUGAAUAGUUGCCUUGUGAAAGCAAGGUGUAUUGUGUUGUGAUUUACCAGGAAACCAGACAUCAUUGUGUCGCCAUGGUCUUCCUUUGACCACAUACAGGAACUAGCAGGCCCAGGUGACCACAUACAAGAACUACCAGUCAUGGCCUUCUUCCAGCAACUGAAGCUUCUUCUGUGGAAGAACUGGCUCAACGUCACCAGGAACCCGGUCUGGUCUCUGACUCUCAUCAUCUGGCCAGUCAUCAUCUUCAUCAUCGUCGCUGUGACGCGUAACAACUUCCCUCCAGACCUGAAAAGCACAUGCUAUGUGGCGCCUCGCAACCUUCCCAGCACCGGCUUCUUCCCCUUCUUGCAGACCCUCAUGUGCAACGCUGACAGUCGCUGUCACAACACAUCACGCCUCAACACAUCACACCCCAGCAGGCCACCUAAGAUCACUAAGAGAUCAGCAGAGCAUGACAGCUCAGCACUCUGGCUGAGGAGUUCUUUCCUGGCCAAGAUGCUUGAAGAAGACCACUUUUACAACUGGACUUCUCCAAAGAUCUCCAAGCAGGACACGACUCUGUUGCUGAACGCCUCAGAGACACUUUGGAGGACAUUUUACCAACGCAACCUCACGUCUGUCUUCCACACCAAGAACACCACUCUUCAUAGAGAUCAUGAGGCCUUGGACCAAAUGAUGGAGUCUUUGACCGUCCUGAAGCGGGCCUUCUGCACCGUUAGUGUGGCUGUGGUCAACCCAACACCAGAAAACCCUCUCAGCAAUGCAGUGCUGGCAUUUUGCUACACCAACAGUACUGUGUUUGAGGCCUUUCUCCUCACACUCAACCAGAUCCUGAAGGAGGAGAUGUUGAGCAAUCCAGACGAGCUGGCCAAGGGCGCUGGGGCUGUGAUGUUGUUGUUUCAAGAGCUGCAGAACCAAACCUCAUUGUGGGAGAACCUCUUGGACGUUCCUCAGCUCGCCGCUACAGAGUCACUCCACCAAAUGUUGGACAUCGCUGCAGCCUCCCUCUCCAACAUCCAGGGGGUUAUGCAAGUCAUUGACAACAACUUCCCACAAAUGGCCGAGUUUGUGUCUCCACUGCAUGCACUUGUAGGCGGGCUCUUGGACGUCAUCCGCUAUGUUCAGAAGUGGCCUGGCAAAGAUGUCUACCUCUCUCUUGCUGACCUUGUCCAGUUGCCCAGCAGCUCCAUCAAUGAAGCCCUUCAACUGCUUCUACAAAACAUCCAGAUACCCCUUGACCAGGCUUUGGCUCUGACUCUCGACAGAGAACUUGUGCGAUCCUACAUCUGUGACCCGAGUAACAACCCGCUGUGGCUGGUGACCGCCUGUACCACUGGGACUGUGGACAUGCUCCUGGACUGGAUCACUCCCAAACAUUUAGCCCAGCAGGCUCUCCUUGCUUGGAGUCAGCAUGUUGCUCCUCAUGAUGUCUCCUUCGCCAAAGGACUGCUGCACAGUCUCAUGGGAGUUGGCUCUCCAAGGACCGUGGUAGACUCCAGCAUCUCUGGACAGCAACGUAACGUGGCAACACCAACCCUAACCAUGGAGGAGGAGCUGUUCUUGAACCUCGGCCAAGUGGUGCUGGAAGUCAGUCAAGUACAUCCUGGUCUGGACAUGAUGACUCAGCACUUCCUCAGCCUUGCCUUUCACUCCAUGAACAUAACCACCUGUACCAUACAUGCUGCUGAAGGUAUUAACACUUAUUUGACACUGAACAUAACCACCUGUACCCUGCAUGCUGCUGAAGGGUGA